UGGUCGGUGGUGACCGAAGACGACCGAAUUUCACCAUCGUGUAGUCACACAAAAAAAAUUGGUACCAUUGGUGAAAAGUUCUUGCCAAUAUAGAUGUAUACAUGUAUACCCAUACUGUAGUAUGUGAAACCCAUAAAACAAAGUGUGAUUAAACCCGGAUCGACUUUUCCCGAGUUAUUUCAUCUUAUUCCGAAGGCUCAUUUUGACGAGGUGAAGCAGCGGAGUUGGCAGUGUUGCUGUUAGAUCAUUUUCACAGCUAAGCUACUGUUGCGUCAAUAUAUUUGAACUCAAAUAUAAAAAAAUGGCUGGAGAACAGCAACAGUUUUUCCUUAAAUGGAACGACUUCCAAUCUAACAUGGUAUCGUCAUUCAAACACCUCAGGGAUGAAAAAAGCUUUACGGACGUCACCCUUGCGUGUGAAGGUCAAACUUGCAAAGCGCAUAAAAUGGUCCUCUCGGCGUGCAGCCCUUACUUCAAAUCAUUGCUAGAGGAAAACCCAUCAAAGCAUCCGAUAAUAAUUCUUAAGGAUGUAGCAUACAGCCACCUUCAGGCUAUCCUAGAGUUCAUGUAUGCAGGUGAAGUAAACGUAUCGCAGGACCAACUGCCGGCGUUUCUGAAAACUGCUGACAGACUAAAAGUCAAAGGCUUAGCCGAAGCUCCUGGCGCCAUCAAAAGAGAAGGUUAAAUCUCUUCGAAUUAGUCACAGUGUUUUUCGGAAGCAUGCGGACUGAAAAAAUUGUAAUGUUACAAAGUGAUUCGUAAGCACAUACACAAGCAUUAUUGAAGUGUGUCUGGUUCAUGACUAGAAUCAACUUUACUUGUAUAUUGAAGUUUAUUCAUAUUUUUGUUUUCCUUAUUUUUAAUUGCAUUUACCUAGACAAUUAAUUAUGGAGUACAAGUGAAAUCGAUGAAAGUUGUUCCGCCCUGAACCAGUGUGCUGCAGACUACCAAACUGAUUAUUUUUUUAAAAUCGGAGUGCUACAGAGAUACAAAGAAAACACAAAUAAUACUUAAAUAACAGAGAAAAAAUAUUAAAAGAGAAUAACAAAUCACGAUAGUUUAAUAUAUUGUUGUCUGCGGCUAUUUUGCAGAUUAAUUGAAAGAUUAAUUUUUUUUCUAAGAUUAUCUCACCAUGUGUCGAAAUAAUUUAUUUUCUGCUCUUGUCAUCUGCAUUCUUACCGCCUCUUCAGCAUAAAUUAAAUUCUUCUUGUUCAAUGAAUACUUUACUCACAAAUUCCACUAUGAACUACGAAAUUCGAUAUAAAAUUAUCGAAUCCAAUUAGGUAAUCUUCUUAUACUAAUCUUCUAAUAACAAGUUCAAUAAGAUAACCGGUGGCGGUUACAAUACCAUUCCUUUUAAAAGUAUCUUCGACCUUUUUUGCUGUUAGUAUCAGAAUUUAUCAUACCUCAAUAUGAUAGCAAUCCGCGAAUAUGGAAUGAGAUUACUAUCAAUAAAUUUGCAAAAAAGCCGAACUGUGCAUAACGCUAAGCUUACCAUGGGAAACAACAUUACUUCUGAUACUGGUCCACUUUUUGUAGCGGAUUGUUCACAGUGUGUUCCGUCAACACGGAGGUGGAAAACAAGGGCAGUCAAACGUGACUCUUGUGACCUUGAGUGAUUCAUCUCAUGGCUUGGCUACACUAUCGUUUUUACUAAAUUCAAUUGAAAAGGUGUGAAACACCUACGUCAAACAAACCAUACAUUUAAGUAAACGAUGGUGAAGAAUCUGCCUCAUAUUAACGCUGCUUUGUUCAUAAACGAAUUAAUAAUAUACCUUGAGUAUAACCCUUUAGUUUUAGACGAAAUGGCAGGUGAAUCUGUACCGCAAUAGUUUGGCUGCCCCUGAAUUGAACUAACAAUAAGCGAAGAAAGUGGCAGUGUCACUACUCUUGCUAACCUUGGUAAUCCACUCAACCAAAUGCCGCCAGUAUUCUUGUGGCGUUUUUCACACUAUUACUGGUAGACACCAAACUUAUUUAUGAUAAUAAUAUAUUGUAGAAUGGUUAUUUCCAAGAACUGAAAAAAGUUAACUGUAACGUACAUUUUUUACGAGCAUAAAAAGGGGCAUGAAAAGUAAUGCAAGGACAAAGAAAUGGUAGGAAAAUUUCGAAAAGAGUAACCCUCGUUAUUUUGACCAAGUAGAAUUGAUGAGUAAAAUUACAAAUUGUAGAAUUUUCAUGGCACUCCUGCAGUAAAAAGUCUAUCGUAUAUUAUUUACAUCAUCACCCCGGUCUUCGUAGAAAAGACAGUAAAUAGAACAGCGCUUUCUUUCCAUCAGUAUAUUCUUAAUACACCAAGAAUAUUUGAUUAAAAUUGUCCUUCACCGUCAAGGAAGGGGAUUCUACAGUUGUAGCCCAUAAAGUUACCUUGUAAGGCUUGGUGGCCACUUUUACAAAAUAUUCCGUACAACUAAAGCAGUUCUACAUUAUCCAAUUGCGGAAUAUUUUAUUGACUUUUACUACUCUCGGAAUCCACGUAGAUCUACUGAAAAUUAACUACAGUAUUACUUCAAAUUCUUACCGUUGUUUUUUUAGAAAAAUUUUUUACCGCACACACAGUGCUAAUCAUUAAUACGUUAGGCCUCAAGAUAUCAAAAAUCUCGCAAACAAUCUGAAAGUAACUCUGUUUUAAACUUCCUUCCAUCAACGAACUUUUUUCUCCUAAUUUCACAAAGACGUAAGGUCAAUGUCGAAUUGAUAUCGAUCCUAUAUGUCACUUGAUGAAUUUUGAAUUUGCAUAGAAGUUCGAUUUCGUCAGCCUUGGUUACUUUGGAGUUUAAACGAAUUUUCAUAGAAGAUUUCGCUCUUGGAGUAAGUAUCAACAUAAAGGCUUUGGUAAUAAUUACAAGUGAAUGAAAGAUAUACCACAGUUCGUUAAAAAGACAAAACGUAGGAAAUUAUAAUUUUUUGAUUGAUAAUUUUAAUGUCUAUAAGAAUAAUUUUCAUUAACGCUGUCCAUAAAUGGAAGGUCAAAAGACCCGUCUCUCAGUUGCUAGAAAUUCCAUUACGUUUUUAAUCGGGGUUUGUACGCUUUUAGGAACCCUGAAUACCUGAAAAUUUCCUGAAUUUUUCGGGUUUACUAGGUUUUUCCUGUGCGUACGAACCCUGUUAAUCUACUGCUUCUCUGCCACAUUAUGUAAAGAAACUCCAACAAAUAACAUUUUCUAAUCAAUAGUUAUGAAUUACAUACCUAUACAAUUUAAUUUUAGUUAAUUGUAAUGAAAUUUGUUUAGUUCCUACUUCCUACAGAUACUGGGCAUUUGGUGGUUUAACGUUAAUCCAACGAGCAAGCAUACAUAAUAAUAAUAAUAAACAAAUAAUUGUAGAUUAAUCACUAGUGAUGGAAAAGCAUUUUGUACAAUAGAUCAUUUUUUUACAAAGUAUAUCAUAUUACAAUGAUUUUUCUCAUCAAUUUUAUCUGAAAUUCAAAACACAAAAAUUUUUCUCAAUUCUCCCCCCCCCCCCCCCCCCCCCCUUCCCAGUGUUUUGUAAUAAUUUUCCAUUGCUUUUCAGCUGUUAAACAAUUACCAUCCUGAAAUCCAGAAGUUUAAAAAAACGACCAAUUCAACAGUUGACUUGGGAGUGGGUUAGUUGUUAAGGUAUUAGGAUAAAAUUCAACAAUCAAUUGACUUUUUUUAUUACUCAUCUGUAAGUUUACACUCGUGUAUUUUGAUCUGUUUUCUUACCGUAAUAAUCCCCUUUCCCUUAUUAUUAUUAUUAUUAUUGUAGCGUUACUUUUGCCGUCUUUGUGACUCGAUGAGUACGAUUAUAAUAUGAUGUUGAUAUAAAAUAAAUUGUGUAAAUAUAA